AUGGAGCCGCAGUCGCCCUUCAAGCCAGGCACCCUGGCCCACAGGGUGGCGCUUGUCACGGGGGGAGGCAGUGGCAUAGGCCUGGAGAUCGCCAGGCAACUGGGCCUGCACGGUGCCAAGGUGGUCAUCUCGGGGCGGCGCGAGGCGGUGCUCCGCGACGCCUGCCAGACGCUUGGCGCCGAGGGCGUGGCCGCCCACUGGGGCGACGUGCGGCGGUACGAGGACUGCGAGCGCAUGGCGGCAGAGGCGGUGGCCCGCUUCGGGCGGCUCGACACGCUGGUCAACUGUGCUGCCGGCAACUUCCUGUCGCCCGCGGAGCAGCUGAGCAGCAACGGCUUCCGCACGGUGCUGGAGAUUGACGCGCUGGGCACCUUCAACGCCAGCCGCGCCGCCUUUGAGGCGCUGAGGGCCAGCGGGGACGCCUGCAUCAUCAACAUCUCCAUGACCCUGCACUACGGCGCCACCUGGUGGCAGGCGCACGCCUCGGCGGCCAAGGCGGCGGUGGAUGCGCUGACGCGCAGCCUGGGGCUGGAGUGGGGACACUACGGCAUACGCACGGCGGGCGUGGCGCCGGGGCCCAUCGAGGGCACCGCAGGCAUGGCCAAGCUGGCCCCCAGCGGCGGCGCGGGCUCCGCGACGGCGGCUGCCAGCAUGUCUGGCGCCAUCCCGCUGGGCCACAUGGGGCGGCGCUGGGACAUCGCCAUGGCCUGCGUGUUCCUGUGCAGCCCCGCCGCGGCGUUCAUCACGGGGCACACCCUGGUGGUGGAUGGGGCGGAGUGGAUGUGCAAGCCGCCGCUGGUGCCCCGUGCGAUGGUCACUCGGGUGAGCCGCGGCGUGGAGGCCAAGAGUCGUGCAGUGGGGCUGGCCGGCGGCGGCGGCGACGGCGGCGGCGGCGGCGGUGCGCCCAAGAGCAGGCUGUGA